ACAGAGCUGCCUGAUUCAAAGAACUCAAGAGAGUAUGUAUAGAACUAUUAAUUCCCACACUUCUAAAUGGAUUUUAUUUAGUUCGGUUGCAACAUUUAGGCACUAACUGACAACAGAGCUGAUUUAAGCUUUGUUAAAGGGGGAGGCAAACUUUAACAUUUGGGAAUUGUUUUAGAAUUGCAGAUGUAAAAAAAUCUAACUUUUUACUGCAUCAGCAAUGGUACCAAUAUUACCUUAGACUGGUAUAACAAUUACUGGUGCCUGUUCUAGCAACUGCUGUUGAGAUGGUAACUUCAGAAGUUGGAAACAGGAACACACAUUUACAUAUAAAUAAAAUGUUUUAAAAAAUGAACACACAUUUGUGGGAAAUGCACUAGUUACCGAGCUGGUAUAUAUAUGUAUAAUAACACAGGCUGAUGAAAAUAGUCUAUUGAAGAUAUUGACCAAAAUAACCAGCAUUUUGAUUUGUUGCCUUUGUACUUUAUUCUAAUUUUUCUUGGCCAUUUCUUAAACUGACCUAGCUAAAAGUUCCCUUGCUUUAGCAGCUUGCAAUACCCUACAUACAAUAGUGUUUUUGUAUAUUUUAGAGGACCAGAUUCAAAUGAAAUAUUUAUAAAAUCGAGUAAACCAUCAAAGUAAAAAGUUUAUCAGGUGCACUUAUAUUAAACCUAGUUUAAUUGCUUCAUAGAACAAUAGAGAUUUUUUCUUUAAACCCCAUGCCUGCCUAACAUCUACUCUGUAUGAAACAGCAGGACGCUUUAACAAACAAAUACUCCUUAGUGGCAGGUGGUCAACUGAAAGCAAAGAGUUAAAUUAGAGGGACUUGCAGGCUCCUCCUCCUUUUUGAUGUCAUGACAUCAUUCUGCCAACCCACUUAAAGAUCUAAGAGCCUCCCUCACACUGUCAUUUAGACUUUAGCUGGAGGGAGUGCUCAGGAGCUGCACCACAGACAGUUAGACCAAGGGUUUGCAAACCACCCUGGAGCAUGAAACUUUAAGAUGUUUAUUUAAAAUUGAGUCUGUCAGUUUUGUAAGUGAAAAUCAUUAUUGGGAUCCAAGGAAAUGGCUGUCCAGGCUGCCAUCAUGAACCCCCACUUCAUGCAUUUUUGCUUCCCAGGCUCUGUCAUGGACUAUGAAAUGGACAAAAGUUACGACGGGGCCCUUCUGGCCUUGGGUGAGAUGGAGUGUGAAGGAGACUUCAAGGAGACCACCAGGGAUCUUUUGAGCUUUAUUGACUCUGCUUCAAGCAACAUUAAGCUGGCUCUGGACAAGCCGGUCAAGUCCAAAAGGAAGGUCAACCACAGAAAGUACUUGCAGAAGCAAAUCAAGAGGUGCACAGGCAUCAUCGCACCAGGGAGUGCCAGCCAGGAGUCUAUUAAGAGACAAGCCUCGCCGUCGUCCACUUCCACCCACAGCUUCCAGUGCAAACCUCCCCCAAAAAGAGACGGAGCCCAGUCCAAUCUACAGACCAAGAGCCUGGCUGCCCUUUUCGACUCUGCAAAGGAGCUCAGGGGAGAAAAGGGUAAAAAGCUUCCCCUCCGGCAUAGGAACCUGCCUCCUUCUUUCUUCACUGAGCCUGCCAAUACCUCCAAAGUGACCUCCACCUCGGGCAUGACCCUAAAGGACCUGGAACGAGGUAACCCCGAAGCGGCAGAGUUUUUCGAACUCCUGGGGCCAGAUUACAGCAACAUGGUCUCUGAUCAAGACAUUUUUCAGGGCACGCCCAUUAGAAUCCACCAGGACCUUACUAUGGAGCAUGGCUCAUAUGAACCUCAUCAUCUGGUAGGGGGGUUUCUGUACACAGAUCCUUGGAGCACGUGCAGCAGUCUGGGUAAAAAGGCAGGAAACUGCAACUUAAACGACAACAUGAGAGCAGUCCCAGUACCGGUACAGCCCUCACAAUAUUGUAACUCUGAUUCUACCAUGGCAUCGACGCUGGAGGAAAAUGCCCCAAGUUUGCCUGCUUUCCCCCAUUUCUUUACAGACUGCUCCCUUCCACAGGCGACAUACGACUACAGUGGUGGAUAUAACAGAGCCAGCUUUCCUUCUCUCUGAAAGCCUUUUUUUUUUUGUUUCUUUCCGACUGCCUGCUGUUCUGCUGCAGCACUAUAUGGAAUUAUACUGAGUAACCAUGCAGCAGUUGUUAAGGCCCUUAUAAGAUGACUACACACUCCUGUUUCAUAGUGUGCUUCGUAAUAAAACAGACUGUUGGACUGUUCUUUCGUUGGUGUUACUCGCACUGAUUGGUUUUGGUUGUGUUACUGUUGGUAAAUUUAUAAACAUGUUGGUGCUAUUUAAUCCUGCCAGUACAUAUAUAACUACCACAGACUAAAUGUUAUACAAACACAACAACAAAAAAAUAAACACAACAACAAAAAAAGUGAAAUGAAUGGCACACAAGUGCACCCGACGCACAAUCUGAAAUUGUUCAAAAUGUUUUUGUAGUGUCACACGUGCAUGAGGUAUUUUCUUUCUCCUGUAUUCAUAAUGUACAGAUAUUUAAUGUUUGAAAUCUUUUUCUUUAUCAUUUGUUUCAAAUGCUUCAAACAUAUUGCAAAAGGAAAUUGACAUCCUUUUCCCAAGGGGAGUUGGGGGUGGGGGGGUUAUAUGUUCAAGUUCUUCUCGUUAUUUAUAUUAAACUCCAUAACACAACUGUGUAGAUUGAUAACACUUCAAAUACUCUCUCACACUGUAAAUGCUUUUCGUUUGCACCUCGUAUUUUUCAAACGAAGACUAAACUGUUUUCAAGUGAAUCAAGAUUCUUUAAUUUCGCAUUAGCAUUUUGGGGAAUAUUUACUAAUUAUCUCCGUGGAGAUAAAUGGAUUAAAAAACUGCAUUGUUUCAAAACCAAAAAUAAUCAAGUUUAUAUUUCUAUAAAAUGAUCAUUUCAUUAUUUUAUUAUACAUUUACAAGGAGUGACAACUUAAAACAAUCAGCUUUGAUUGAGAAAAGCAUUCCCAAAUGUGCCUGUGCUUUUAAGUACACAUUUGUCAGAUAAGUCAUUCUGAGUAAACACAACAUUUCUGUACAUAAAAUAAAAUCAAGACAAGGGUGAUCAGUCCUGCCGGUGUAAAUAUAUAUAUAUAUCUACUGAAAAAAAAAAACGUAAUUUUAAAAACCAAUGUCAUUACCAAAACAACCACUUUCUAGAUUUGAAACAAUAAUAGAUUUAAAAUGUAUUAAUAUUUGGCCUUCAAACAACAGUACUGGACUGGAGUUCUUACUGACCUGAGAUUGUCUUCAUGAACUGUAAACAAUACAGAAACACUCAUUACAGACAUGAGAAUAAACUCGUUUUACUUAUUACUUAGAGUCACAGUGUAUAUUUAAAUUUACAUAAAAAAAAAAAAAAAUAGUUUAGUGCUACAUUCACGUGGCUCAGGAUGUACCUGAGCUCAUCUUACUGCGACAAAAUGAAUCAUACGAUAUCCUUUAAUACAUUUUAGGAGCCAAAUAAAACACUGAAAAUUGUCUUCAGCUGUGAAGAAGCGUUUGUCAACUGCUUACUUAAACACACAUACUUUUAUAAAUGGCCUUCAUUAAUGUGUAGUUAAAAGUUCAAUUAACCCUCUUGAUUUAUCACAUUGGCAAACACUGUACAUUAUUACAUAUACAAUUGUGUGAUUUAUAUUAUUGUUGUGAUUUUCAGCAGUGCAGGGGAGUAUUUUGACUGGCGUAUCUUUAUGCCAAGAAGUAAGGAUUUAAUAUUGUACUAAACAGAGACACAAUUACAGGAUUAACAAAUAGGAUAUGCAUCCAUAACUUCCAAUUCUAAUAUCAAAGACACAAUUACAGGAUUAACAAAUAGGAUAUGCAUCCAUAACUUUCAAUUCUAAUAUCAAAGACUCUGGUUUCUGCUUUCAUCAAUGUAACGCUCAACUGAUGAAGGCACAGUAUGUUUGUCUACUUGACUUGGUUUCACAAGUUUAUACUGUAUAAAGCAGGAUAGUGACUCAAAAAAGAACUGCAUGUUGCUUGGUCCCCCCCUCCAAAAAUAAUGCAGAAACAAUUUGUCAUCAUUUGUAGUUCAUUUGAACCACAUAGAAACGUGCUGUGACGUGACACCUCUUAAAGCACUGGAAUACAUACAAAAAGUGUAAGCCACUGUGAGCGGAUUGUGUGAAGAGACAAAAUAAAGCUGGUCUUUAUUUCUAUUCUUUUUUUAAAUUUCUGUGGUGUUUUAUUGUUGUGCUUGAAUGGAUGUAAUAAAAAGAAUUACAAACGA